AUGGUGAAAUUAAUAUCCAGCCAUGAAUGCAAAGUUGACUCAGGAACAAAGAUCAACCUGCAUCACCAUAGUAAAACACAAGUUUCGAAACAUUUUUGCUUUGUGAAGCUAAUCAACAUGCAUAAGAUUUGUACAGUAUUGAAGAAAAAAGCAUCAAAUACAAAGAAACAAAAUGUUAGGAGAAAUAACAUUAAUCUGAGGCUCUUAAAAUUUGUUGAUGUAACGAACUUUGUAAAGCUCAUAAAUGUUCGUAGAAAUCUCGCCUUAUAUUUUGAGUGUCACAAUCAUAAAAAUUAUUUUAUUCAUGAAUACGAUAGUAAAAAAAAAGCUCUCACAUUUUCUGAAGAACGUCUCUUGAACAAUUCACCCACGAUUGAUGUUUAUCGUCAUGAAAAUAAAAUGGUUGAAAAUGAUGAAGAGCACAUUGGAGUUGGAAAUGAUGCGAGAAAAAGGAAAAUGAAAUCAAAAAUAAAACUUUUACGAAAGCUAUUCGUUUCCUUAAGGAGCUUGAAACCAAAUGUUGUUGUCAACUAUUCAUUAUUAAUAAAAACAAUGCCUCGAGACUCUCGAACUUGUCUUCAAUUGCGCCCCAAAAAUUGUUCUCAACAUAAUGAACUACUUAAAAGAAAAGUCGAUUGUGGAAAUGUGGCUGCUAUUUAUGGAAAAGUUAUUUGGAAAAUUGCUUUCAAGCGGAAAUUUUGUUUAGAUAUUUGUGACAGAUUAAAGAAGAUUAUCGAAAAAUUUGCUUACGCUAUAAAUGUGCUUUAA